AUGAGCGAUAUCAUGAAUCGAGUUUAUGAAUCAUUGCAAAUGUUCGACAAUCAUUCCAUCACGAUAUACAUCAACGAUCAUGCCUAUGAUACAAAUCUUUUUAUUGGUUUGGCAAUUAGCGAUAAAUUGCGAAAUGAUUUUUAUUUAAAUCGAUCAACUAAAGAAUUUCGAUUCAAUAUAAACAUAAGUGACACAAAUACAUAUAAAAUAUUUGAAAAGAUAUUGAAACUGCAAAUUCCAGAGAACAUAGGAGAUAAAAUUGCAAUUGACUUUUUAAAACUAGGAGAAGAAAUGAAAAGCAAGUCAUUAAUGUCAUUCUUUAUUAAUAGAUAUGGCAACGAUACAUACACCACUGAUGAUAUACUCAUAAAAAUCAAAUACUGCAACUAUAUUGGUUACACUGAAAAAAUAUUCGAUUUUAUAUGUGAUAAUAUAGAUUCAAUAAAUCAUAAUGAUCUUAUUGAUUCUAUCGCUGAAGCUGGAUUAGAUUUUGCAGAACAAUUGAUCAUUCAUAUGAAAAAUAGAAAUUUAAACACAAAUGAUAUCAUAUUCUCUUUAAUCAAUAAAAAUCCUAUAUUCAUCGAAAUCAUAUCAUAUCUAAAUGAUGACUAUACUGAAAUCAGAUAUGCAAUAGAUUCACUCAAAAACUUAUCAACUAAUGAAGGAAAAUCAUCAAUCAUAUCAAUUUUCAAAACAAUUCUAGAUAAAAGUAAAGAAAAAGAUUUCAGAAUUAAACAAUUAGAGUGUGAACUUACAACAACUAAAGACGAAUUGACAAAAUUACGUAAUGAAAACGCAAAACUUAAACAAGAACCAAAGCAGGAGGAGAAUAACAAGAACUCUUCUGAUUAUGAUACUCCCUCAUCAUCUUCAUCAUCUGAUGAAGAGAAGAAAGAGGAAUUCGACUCAAUGCCUGUCAAGGAACACAGGCACAAACACCGCAAACACCGCAAACACCAUUCCCACUAUAAGGGUGAUUGA